AUAUUACACUUUUGCAUGCAGGUGUACUUGGGCAUACAUUCCCGUAUCGGGUUUGUAAAUCUUCUCCCUGAUGGCUUCUCUUGGACCCUUUUGAGGUACAUUCAUGGCGACCAAAGAGUUCAUUCUGCUCAACGACUUGUUGCACUGAAGGCAGAAUGCAACUCAAAGCUGGCUGUUGCUCUUACAAUUAUGGAGGAGUGCUUUCUCUCUAUGGUGGAUUCAAGAACAGGCAUAGACAUGAUACCCCAUGUAUUGUACAAUUGGGGAUCACAUUUUGCACGCCUAAACUAUAUUGGAUUUCACACAGUGGUUUUAGAGAAAGAUGAUGUGCUGAUGUGUGUCGCAUCAAUCAGGAUCCAUGGAGUAACAGUAGCGGAGAUGCCUCUUAUUGCAACUUGCAGUAAGUAUCGUCGCCGGGGAAUGUGUCGGCGCCUCAUGAAUGCUAUUGAAGAGAUGCUAAGAUCUUUCAAGGUCGAAAAGCUUGUGAUAUCAGCCAUUCCUAGUCUGGUUGAGACAUGGACAGUUGGGUUUGGCUUUAAACCCUUGGAAGAUAACGAGAGAAAUAGCCUGAGUAACAUCAACUUGAUGGUUUUUCCCGGAACUGUAUGGUUGAAGAAGCCCAUUUAUCAAAGUCAAACAACAAAUCAACCAAGUGGAUCAGGUCAUGCAUCGCCUUCGAUUGUAUGAUCCAGCUGAAACGGGUGCAUGCUCCCAACUAGGGCCUGCCAUUGGAAACUCCUCAGUUACAGAAAGAGAACAUACUGGCUGCAAUAUUAUGCAAGUAGAUGAAGCCCAGGAUGGUAGUUUGCAAAAACAUUUUUCGAAGUUGUCCUGCGAAGAACUGGCUUCAACAGUAGGGACAUCCAGACUUGAAAUGGUUUGUGAUGUAGAAUCUGUUGUUAUGUAUGAUGAGAGAGAACUUUCUUCGACGCAGUCAUGCAGAGAACCGGCUUCAACUGUAGGGACAUCCCGGCUUGAAAUGGUUUGUGAUGUAGAAUCUGUUGUUAUGUAUGAUGAGAGAGAACUUUCUGCGAAUGAACAGUUGCAGAAAACCAAUAUGUUGCAAGAUAAUGAGAAAUAAAAAUAAAAUUUCAAAAAAGCUUGUAUUGUGCUCUGAAGGAUUAUUGUGUAGCAGUAUUUGUGAGGUCUUUAUGGGGUAAAUAGAAGAAGAAAAAAAGAGAAUAACGGAGGUGGGAAGGGAAGAUAAUAACGUUGCAGUCUUGCAGAUGACAUGAUAAUGGCGGCAUGGAGGCUAAUUUGAUAUCAAAUAGUACAAAUUCUUUGAUAGAAUUUACCAUUGAAAAUCGACGAUAUUAUCAUGGUAA